AUGUAUGGACUUUUUGAAAAUCGCCGAGCAUUUUCUAUAAAUAAUUACAGUGUAUUACAUACGGAAUUGAAUAUUAUUUGUAAAAUAGCUACGAGUAAUAAUUACUUAAGUUCCUUUGUUGAAAUGCUCAUUGGGAUAAAAAUUAGUAAAUGGUAUAAUAAAUCUGAUAUGUGUAUUGAUACUGGUACCAAUAAGAAAAAGAAAAUGUUUAUUGAAGUGCCUUUUGUUGAGAAUAGUACAAGAAUGUUUAAAAGUGACUUACAAAAAUUUACUAGUCAAAUUCGACCGGACUCACAAUUAACAAUCAGUGAAAAGUCUUCCGUAUCAGUUCAAAAUUUAUUUAAUUUUAAGAAUAAAAUACCAAAUUGCUUACAGUCUGAUGUCGUUUAUAACGUUCAAUGUAAGGACUGUGGUUAUGGAAAAACUAAACGACAAGCAUAUAGACGACUCUAUGAAUAUGGAUUAUCUGAAGAUACCUAUCGUUUUCAAUCUCAGUCAUUAUCUAGUAUGAAUUCAUCCUCUAUGCCCGCAUCAACACAGUCAGUGAAAACAGCUCGAGCAGCUAAAAUAAAAGCUACCCAGAAAAUGACUCAGCAAGUUAAACUAAUGAAUGCCUCUGAUCAAAAGAUUCUCAAAGAGAUCGAUGAUUAUUCAGAUACGAACAUUAAAGAUGGGAAAUCUGCUCUACAAAAACAUGUUGAAGAUACCUCCCACACUAUUGAUUGGGAGAAUUGGUGUAUAAUGGACAGGGACAAGGUUGAAUAUCAAUUGUCAGUCAAAGAGUCUCUCUUUAUAGCAUCAUUCAAUCCUGACUUAAAUCGUAUUUUAGUUAGAUCUGUACCUUUAACUGUGUUUCCCAACGGCCUUUCUCACAGACGGAACAAAAGGAAUAUUGAUUCAGGCGGAUAGAGAAAAGUUAUAAAGAGCAAGACAAAACGACUGAUAACAUGAUUACUGACUGACUGUCUACCCACAGUAACACACAGUAUAUAAAGCCAAAAUUCUUCUUCCUUUUCACGUUGCUUCAUAUGUAAAGUAAAGUAAUACUCUAUAAUAUUCUUUGAAAAUGACUCUGUGAAGAGUCGAAACGUCAGAUCUUUUUUAAUAAAAUAAAUUUCAGUUUAAUCUAUUGCUGCUGUUAAUUUAAAAAAAGAGUAUUCUAAUCAGAUUAUUGGUUCUUAAUCGUUUAAGUGAUAGUAAACAAAUUCGUUCAAAGAUAUCGACAUGUAUUUUUCCAAUUUUUUGUGUCUUUUCUCAUUCUUAUGGACAUUCUUCGAACUAUCAUGCAGAUCGUUUUAAUGAAAUCGUGCUGAAUUUACGUAUAUUUAUUCUCUAGCCUGAUUAUUUAAUUAUCUAAUUUUUGUGCUAGAAAUUCUGUUGUCUCUUCUUGUCCAAAUAGUUCUUUAACUUGGACGACGUCCAUUCUAGACAAAGUAACAAAGAAACCGAAUAAUUUUUCCGUAUGCCAUUUCUGGCACUUCUUUUUCCAAAGUAUUUUCACAUCUGUUUAACGAGAAAUUGAUUUCUCACUUUUAGUCUUAAUACCGUUAAAUUUGAUUAUUCCAAACACAACUGAAAAUGAGCUUUUUCUUCUAUCCAUGGUUCUCCUGGAUGAUUUCAUGCAGUCACUUUUUACAAGACUGAGAGCCAACAAGACUCCACUAUGCUAGGUUUGUAACCCGUGUCGAGUUAUGUGUGAAUCCACCUUUGUCUCCGACAUAGGUCAUUUCAUAAUCCAUGGCCGGCUCAUCAGUUACAAGGGUUGAAAAUUGGCCAUUUGUGAAGAACUUCUCUAUUCUCUACUUCUCUAUUUCAAACAGAACGGAAAAUAUACCCUUUGAAUAAGUUUUGUGAUUGAGUAUGCAGUCCAAACAGAAGUUCCUUUCAGUGCGACAAAUCGAAAAAUAUUCUUUCUCUUGAUUCAAAAUAUAUAAUUAUUUCUUUUCAAACAAUAUCGCAGAAAUAAAAGACCAUGGUCCUCUAUACCCGCUUGCAAGUCACAAGUCCUAAGCUGGCCUUCUUACAGGGGACGGUCUUCUGUUACGGGUGGAGGUUUAUCUCACAUGCUCUUUCCGAUAGUUACCCUCCGAAGUGUUACGAAGCUAUCAGAGAACUGCAAUGAGCAGUCGAAAAUGGGCAAAAAUGGCCAAUUUUCAACCCUUGUAACUGAUGAGCCGGCCAUGGAUUAUGAAAUGACCUAUGUCGGAGACAAAGGUGGAUUCACACAUAACUCG